GGGGAAUUUUGGUUGGAGAGCCAUAAGGCCCAAGCCCAAGGAUAAUUUUGAAGUGUGCCGAUUCAUUUCUUCUGGUUUCUUCUGAAAAGCAAGGUAUUGGGAUCUCUGUCUGUCUCCCAGUGAGAAGAGUUUGCGUUUGGUUAGGGUUUGAGAAGGAUGAUGGACAUGUGAUGGUGUGGCAAAAGUGUAAAUCAGAGUGAAAGAGAGGGGAGGGGAAUAACAAUACUAACUCUAGUAAAUGGAAAGUUUUGAAUCGGAAGAACCAGAGAAGAAGAGGCUUCACUUGGAUUCUCCAGCCAUGGCUCGUAACUCCUCCGCUUCUCCCAACCAUACCAAAUCCGUUGAUGCAGCAGUUCUCCAGUACCAGAAUCAAAGACUUGUCCAGCAGUUAGAUAUUCAGAAACAUGAUUUGCUUAAACUUGAAAGCAAAAUUAAAGAAUUAAAAGACAAGCAAACCUCCUAUGAUGAUAUGUUGAUAAAUGUGAAUCAACUUUGGAAUCAGUUGGUUGAUGAUUUGAUCCUGCUUGGAGUAAGAGCUGGAGGAGGCCAUAAUGCUUUGGAAAUCAUGGACCAUGCAGACCAUUCUCGAGGUUCCAUUCCAUCAUGCCCUGUGGAGGAUAUGUUUCUUUGUAGGCUUCUAGAAACAGAUUUUCUUGAUAGUAGUGGUGAUGAUGGGAUUUCUAAUUAUGUUGAACAAGUCCUAUCUUCUCGCCAUGCAUCCACUAGGGAGUUGAUAAAAUCUCUGGAGGAUACUAUCUCUUCUGAAAGGGAGAAAACUGAGAACAUGGCUGUUUCUUUGCAUGGAAAAUUAUCUGUUGAAGACACCAUUGUGCAGCUAUCUAGGAUUGAUGAUAUGAUGAAGGAGGAGGCUAAAAUUUUGUGUGUUGUGAUUGACACUCUACAUUUGAAGCAUAAACAAUAUGCUGAUGAGAUUCAAACUUAUAUAAGCAGCCAUUCAACUGACCAAUCUGAGAUUAAACGUCUUCAAGGUGAGCUGGAAGAAAUCAUGACUGAACUCGAAGAAAGCAGAAGAAAACUAGUCAAUCUGAAAAUGCAGAAGAAUGUAGCAUCUGGGAUGCAUGCAUUAUCUCCGAUUGCAGCAAAUGGCAACUUGUCACCAGAAAAGCCUGCAGAUAAGACAAUGGGCUUGCGGGAGAUAAAGGAUUCAAUUGAGGAGACAAAGAUAGUGGCAGCAGAUCGACUUUCUGAACUUCAAGAUGCACAGGAACAGAACCUAAUCUAUUCAAAACAACUGAAGGAUCUUCAGAAUGAACUGAAGGAUGACAAAUUCAUAAGAUCAUCUCGGCUAUACGCAUUGUUAAACGAUCAGCUCCAGCAUUGGGAUGCUGAAAUGGAACAAUACAAAGCACUCACUGAAACUUUGCAGACUGACAGGUUUCUUGUCGUGAGGAGGGAGAAGGAAUUGAAUAUAAAAGCUGAUUCAGCAGAUGCUGCUAGGAAUACAAUUGAUAAUGCUGAUUCUAGAAUUGUUGAACUGGAGCUGCAGCUUCAAAAGUGUAUCCUAGAAAGAAAUGAUCUUGAGAUUAAAAUGGAAGAAGCUAUCCAAGAUGGAGGAAGAAAUGAUAUUAAAACAGAAUUUCGUGUGAUGGCAUCGGCUCUGUCCAAGGAAAUGGGAAUGAUGGAAGGUCAGUUGAAUCGCUGGAAGGAGACUGCACAUGAAGCGAUUUCCUUGCGUGAAGAAGCCCAAGUGCUAAAAGCUUUAUUAAGUGAUAAGACAAACCAACAAAAGCGCUUGGCAGAAGAGUGUGCUGAACAGAUUGUGGAAAUCAAAUCUCUCAAUGAUUUGAUUGAGAAAUUGCAAAAGGAAAAAUUGGAGCUCCAAAUCUACUUGGACAUGUACGGCCAAGAAGGUUAUGAUAAUAGAGAUUUGACGGAAAUAAGAGAAUCAGAAAGCAGAGCUCAUUCACAAACUGAAGUCUUGAAAAAUGCUUUGGAUGAACAUAGUCUAGAACUGAGAGUGAAAGCAGCUAAUGAGGCCGAGGCUGCUUGCCAAGAAAGGCUUUCGGUUGCUGAAGCUGAAAUAGCUGAGUUAAGAGCUAAACUGGAUGCUUCUGAGAGGGAUGUUUUGGAACUCACGGAGGCUAUUAAAAGUAAAGAUCGAGAGUCAGAGACAUACAUUUCUGAAAUUGAGACCAUUGGUCAGGCAUAUGAAGAUAUGCAGACACAGAACCAGCAUCUGCUGCAGCAGAUGACUGAGAGAGAUGACUACAAUAUUAAGCUGGUCUCUGAGAGUGUAAAGACAAAGCAGGCACAUACUUCCUUUCUCUGUGAGAAGCAGACAUUAGCUAGGCAACUUCAGCAGGUCAAUUCAUCAAUUGAAUCUGUGAAAAUGAGGAUUGCACAAAGUGAGGAGCAGAUGAAAGUUUGUCUGACAGAUGCUAUUAAAUUCACUCAAGAGGACAGACAUUUUAUGAUCAGCCUUGAAACUGCAAAGUGGGAGUUGGCAGAUGCUGAGAAGGAGUUGAAGUGGCUUAAAUCUGCUGCAGCAUCUUCUGAGAAGGACUAUGAGCAGCUCCCGCGGAAGGUGGAUGAGUUCCAAGUUAAGUUGGAUAAGGAACGAAGCCAGAGGAAGAAACUUGAGGAAGAGCUCAGUCAAUUGAAUAGCAAGGUUGCUGAGUUGAGUUCUGAAACUGGAGAGACCGCAAUACAGAAGCUUCAGGAUGAAAUAAAAAAUUGCAAGAAUAUUCUCAAAUGUGGUGUGUGUUUUGACCGGCCAAAGGAGGUUGUAAUUGUGAAAUGCUAUCAUUUAUUUUGCAAUCCAUGCAUACAGAGAAAUUUAGAGAUUCGCCAUCGGAAGUGCCCUGGCUGUGGGACUGCAUUUGGUCAGAAUGAUGUUCGAUUUGUAAAAAUAUGAGUUGUCCCAUGGUUUUGCACUUUAAUCGUUGAUUUAGGUUAGUCAAAGUAAGCAUCUGAAAAUCUAGGAUGCCUAGCAGUAGGCCUUCGGACUUUAUAGAAAUAAUAAUAUUAUCUUUCAUGUAAUUAUUUGAUUGGUACGUAUGUCAAAUUGUAAAUGGAAUUUUAACGAGGAAAAUCAUUAUAUAACCUCCAGAAUUGUGUU